AUGGAUAAGCUGAAGUCAUUAAAGACAAAAAGGACUCAACUAAGAAGAACUUUUACAAAGUGCAGAAAUGAAAUGGACAAAUUACUGGCUGAAGAUAUUAAAGAUGAAGUAACAAUUAAAAGUAAUUUAAACAAGCUGCAAGAUAAAGCUGAUAGGCUUUUUAAGCUAGAUGAAGACAUCAAGGAAGCCUUGUUUGAAGAUCCUGCAACAAAAGAAGAGGACUUAGAAGAUGAGUUUGAUACUGCAGAAUAUUACAGAGACAUGUUAUCUUCAAUGAGAGCUAAGUAUGACCAUUUCAUUAUUCAGGUUGGCCUAAGCCAACAGUCAAGAAGUGAAGUCGGGGAUACCGUUCACAGUCUUAAAUUAGUAUCUAAGAAGGGCUUAAGUCUACCUAAAUUACAAUUAAACCAGUUUGAUGGAGAUGUAAAAAAUUGGAUAGGGUUUUGGGGGCAGUUUAAGAAGGUCCAUGAGGAUCCUGAUCUAGAACCUGAGGAUAAGUUCCAAUACCUCAUCCAAUCUUUAAAGCCAGGAUCAUCCCCUAGGGAAUUAGUAGAAAGUUUUCCCCCAUCUGGAACUAAUUAUGUAAAGGCCCUAGAACAAUUAAAAGCAAGAUUUGGUAGGGAUGACUUUUUAAUAGAAGUAUAUGUGAGGGAACUGCUCAGUUUAGUGCUCCAACAAGUAACGCUAGGUCCUAAUACUAAACUGUGCCGACUGUAUGACAAACUAGAAACCCAGUUAAGGGCACUUGAAACUUUAGGAGUCACUUCAGACAAGUACGCUUCAAUGCUGUAUCCUCUGGUAGAAUCUGCUUUGCCCGAAGAAACAUUACGAGCCUGGGAGCGGCAUCGUUCAAGUAAGUUACCACACACACCCUCAACUUCUACAUUGUCAGAUGAUAAAUCAAGUAAUUUUUUACAAGAACUUCUUGAUUUUCUAAAGGCUGAGGUGGAGAGUGAAGAAAGGCUGGCUCUUGCUCGUUCGAGUUUUAAAUCUGCCACUCCAGGGGAGAACAACAGCAAAUGUAGCAGCCAAAAGAGAAGGUCAGCAGUUCACGAACCUCGUCAGGGUCAACCUACGGCAGCUGCUCUAUUGACAACUGGUACAGAGGGUCAUAAAGGGUUGGUGAGUAACUGCAUUUACUGUUCUAAGGGAGGUCAUAAUGCUCAAGAUUGUUCCUCAUUUCAACAAUUGACAUUAAAUGAAAGGAAGGAACAUCUAACUAAGAAAAACUGCUGCUUUGUAUGCUUAAGACAAGGCCACGCAGCAAAAAGAUGUAAGGUAUUUGUAAAAUGCCUCUUCUGUUGUAAAAGGCAUUAUGGAAUCAUGUGUAGGGACUUGUAUGAAAGUAGAUCUAAAAUUGAUGCUGAUAAACCAGAUUCUAAUCUACAGCAGCAAAGUAGCCCUAAACCUAAGUCAGAGGUUCUCAGCAAUUUUGAAAAUAGUAAAGGAGAAACUCUAUUACAGACUCUUUUAGUUAAGGUUGUGGAUGAUAAAGGUAAAGAAUAUUUGGGAAGAGCACUUUUGGAUCCAGGUUCCCAGAGAUCCUACAUUACUAAAGACUGUGUCACCAAAUUAGGUCUACAGGAAAUAGGUAGCGAAGUAAUAAACCAUAGUCUGUUUGGCGGAGUAAAUCUUAAACAAAAAUCUCAUAAAAAUUACCUAGUGACUCUUCAGAAUGUAAAUAACUCUUUCAAGAUAUCUAUUCCUGUGACAGAUCAAGAAACUAUUUGUAACCAUGUACCUAGGCUUAAGAGUGAAGAGUAUUUUGACAUCUUGAAAGAAAAGAACAUUAUUUUAACUGAUGUAGGUGAAAAUGUACCAGAUGUAAAGAUUUUACUUGGUGCAGAUGUAUUAGUGGAUUUGUAUACAGGAACUAUCCAGAGGAUUGACGACAAAUUAGUUGCUAUUGAAACGUACCUUGGAUGGACCGUGAUGGGGAAACAACCACUCAGUGGAAGUCGUAAUACGUCUCUUCUAACUUUAUUUUGCCAGAGUAAACCAGAAUUCAGAGAUCUAUGGAGUUUGGAGACAAUCGGAAUCAAGGACCCUAUUGAGGUGAAGCAGAGAGACUCCAUUGAUGCAGAAGUAUUUCAACAUUUUAAAGAAAAUGUAGCGGUGAACAUUGAAAACAGAUAUGAAGCCAAUUUGCCAUCAAGCAAAAGACUAAAUACUCCCAACAAAUUAAGGGACUGUGUUGGAGAAAAAAAUGUUUCAGAUCCAGCAGAGUCGAUAACGGUUCAUCAAUUGCUGCAUCGCCCAGUGACAAAAAACAGUAGCUUAACUACAAAAAUAAAGCCAGUGUUUGAUGGGUCUACAAAAAACAAAAGAGAUCAGGACGUUUUCGUUCCUCAGCUAAACGAACUUGAAGUGGAUUUAGAAAAUGUCUGGUUCCAACAAGACGGCGCAAUGUGCCACACGGCAAACGACACAAUUGGCCUCUUGGCAGAAACAUUUGGUGAACGUAUCAUCUCAUUUAGAGGUAGUGUCAACUGGCCCCCAUGGUCGUGUGAUAUCACGCCAACAGACUUCUUUCUGUGGGGAUAUGUUAAGUCUCAAGUAUACGCUGACAAGCCACAAACUUUAAAUGACUUGGAAGCUAACAUUCGUCGAGUUAUUGGCGGAAUUCAACCACAGCUGCUGGAAAGACUCCGGGCACAGAAGGUCACCAAGUCGGAAGAUCCAGCCACUAGGAUAGUUAUUAAACAAGAGUCGGAAGGGCAGAUAUUAGCAGCACUUCAACAUGGGUUGCAAGGGAAAGUUGGGGAAAUAACUCAAUUUGCUUUCCCCUAA